AUGGGUGGAGGAGAGUUCGUCAGCCAAGCUUCCCGUUCCUACCACCAGGGGCGUGCCGUUCUGCAGAGACUGGUUCGAUCGGCCGCCACCGAGGCAGCACCAUCGUCCCAACAAUCUACCGUCGCCGCCUCGAGAUGGAUGAUCUCGGAGCGAAACAUCUUCACCUCGGCCAGGCUGCUGAGUUCCGAGAUUGUGAAGGUGCCACCGUUUGCCGACUCUGUGUCGGAGGGUGACGUCAAGUUCGAGAAGAAGGUGGGCGAUGCCGUGGCCGCCGACGAGGUCGUGAUGGAGAUCGAGACGGACAAGACCACGGUGGGCGUUCCGUCGCCCGCGCACGGUAUCAUCGAGGAGAUUUUCGUCGCGGACGGUGACACCGUAAAGUCCGGCCAGCAGCUGUUUAAGCUGAAGGUCACUGGCGAAGCCCCCAAGGCUGCUGCCAAACCCGCUGAGGCGGCGGCACCAGCUGCGGCUGCUCCUCCACCGCCACCACCCCCGCCAGUGGCCGCCGCUAGGCCACCUCCACCGGCGGCCGCAGCUGCUGCCCCUCCGCCACCACCACCGCGGCCAGCGGCUCCUAUUAGCAAAAUGCCCGUCGCGGCCAUCCGUCACGCACAGGCCAUCGAAGCGGCCACGGUGAAGGUGCCCCCAGCGGACUACAGCAAGGAAAUCACCGGAACGCGCUCCGAGCAGCACGUCAAGAUGACCCGCAUGCGGUUGAAGAUUGCGUCGCGCCUGAAGGAAGCCCAGAACACGAACGCCAUGCUGACGACGUUCAACGAGAUCGAUAUGAGCUUCAUCAUGGACUUCCGCAAGCAGCACCUGGACGCCUUCGUCAAGAAGUACGGUAUCAAGUUUGGCUUCAUGUCUGCCUUCUGCAAAGCGACCGCCUACGCCCUGCAGGACCAACCCGUUGUGAAUGCCGUCAUCGAGGAAAAUGAAAUCGUCUACCGCGACUACGUAGACAUCUCGGUGGCCGUGGCGUCACCCAAGGGUCUGGUCGUGCCGGUGCUGCGAAACGUCGAGGCCAUGAACUACGCCGACAUUGAGCUGUCGAUCGCCGCCCUCGCCGACAAGGCCAAGAAGGGUACGCUGGCGGUCGAGGACAUGGACGGCGGUACCUUCACCAUCUCGAACGGUGGAGUGUUUGGAUCGCUGCUGGGAACGCCCAUCAUCAACCCGCCGCAGAGCGCCAUCCUCGGCAUGCACGGAAUCUUUGAGCGUCCGAUCGCGGUGAAAGGGCAGGUCGUCGUCCGACCGAUGAUGUACGUCGCGCUGACCUACGAUCACCGACUGAUUGAUGGUCGCGAGGCCGUCACCUUCCUGCGCAAGGUCAAGGCCGCCGUCGAGGAUCCCCGCAUCAUCCUGGCUGGACUGUAAACAAAAAACAACUUGAAAUGCCGCCGUUUGAAACUCUCACACUCACACAACUAGGAGUCGAAGUCAAAGAAGAAGUAACGAUUAAAAGUAGCAUCACGGCAGAAAACGACGACGACGACGAUGACGACGAGGACAACGGUGAUGACGAAAUUAAUACACCCACACAAACACACACACGCGCUAUAGUAAACCAAUUUUUCACCAACAUAGUGAUGUUUGGAAAUGAAUUUUUAGUGAUUACAAGAAUCUUACAGUAAAAAAAAAGAAAAAAACCAAUGAUAGAACAAAAUCAAACCCCACUUGACCCUUUUGUUGUUGCUUUGCCAGAAUAUCGAGGCUUGUUAUCGUACAACUCAUGUACGAAAAAGAGAGAGAGAGAGAGAGAGAGAGAGAGAGAUUUUUGUUACAGCCCAGGAAACUCACCCUUUCUUCGCCCCAAUUCCGUCGUGCAAGUACUAAGUCAACGCUAUCACUUACCUACCGUUAGCCGCCGCCAGCCGUUUGUGUAGAUCCGUAACACCGAACCAGUUUUAGGGCUUUGUUUUCGACGACGCGAUGAUGAAAAUCGUUUUGGCGCUACCGUGCAGAAAUGAACGGCAAAUUUAAGAGAAAAAAACACAUCUUAAGAAUAAAAGAAAACCGACAUGGUUACUACCAAUGGCA